AUGACUGUAGUUGGAAAGGAUGCAGUUCAUGAAGUAUGGAAAAAAGAUCAUGAUUUUGAUUUUCAUGAAAGUCCUGAAGCGUUAGCCAGUUUCACGAGUAAGAUACAACAAAGUAUUGUUGAAGGCAUUGAUAGUUUUGUUGGCGAAUGUGUUGAACCAAAGCUCGUUAAAGACCUAAAUGAACUUUUAUUAAAUAUUUAUUUGCGGGAAUGUGCUAAUAAUGAGGAUAUUUUAGAUAUCUUUAAAACCUUAUCUUCUUCAAUUCUGAAAAAAUUUUAUGCACCUAAAUUACUAUCCUUUAUACAUCCCUGGCUUCAUGACCAAGUUGCAACCUUUUCCUUAAGAUUUAUUUCAAAACAUAGAAGAUUAAUUAUUAAUCGUAUUAAACCAAUCGUCGAAAAACGUCUUCUUUAUAAAAGGAAAUUAGGCGACUCUUGGAAUGCACCUGUGGAUGCUCUACAACUUUUCCUAGACGAUCCUGAAAUAACACCAGAUUCUGAUCCAAAUCAUGUAAAUUAUAACAUGAUCGUUGACACAAUUGGUAUAUUUAUGUUUGCUUCUAUGACAACAUCGUCUAAUGCGUCUGCCUAUGCUUUAGUCGAAAUUAAUAAACAGUGUAAUGGCAAACUUACUCAUAAGGAUGUUGGUAAUAUGGUGAAAUUGGAUAGCUUUAUUAAAGAAUCACUUAGAAUAAAUUCUAAUGUACUUAGUGUGCCACGUCCUUGUAUUUCUGAAACUUAUAAUUUUCUUGCGAAUGGGUUUCAAAUUCCACAUGGUCACCAAGUUUUUUUAGACAUUUCAGGAAUAACUUUUAAUGAAGAAUUUCAGGGCCAGAAUCCUCAAGAAUUCAAUGCAUACCGCCAUAAUUCUCCUGUGGCAAAAGCAGAUCGUAAUUACUUGAUAUUUGGAUUUGGAAAAACAGCCUGUCCAGCUGAACUUGAAAAUGCGAAACACAAGCAGCAUUUUGGAUUUUUUAUUGGGACGCUAAUAUCUGGUAAUGCUGGUAUUGUGUUUGAGAAUAAGGUUUAA